GGAGUUUUGUGUUUUUACUACUUUUACUCUCCUCAAUGGUAACAUCAUCGUCGGGAGCAGCAGCAGCAGCAACGGCAAAGGCAACGGCGACAGCGGAUAUAGCCAAACAGGAAGCCAAAUAUAAUAAAAAUGCGGAAUUCCCUGAGGAGGAUAGCGAUAUGUUGAUGGAACCGAAUGACUUUACACCAAUCACAGUGUUGCGUUCACAUGAACAGCAUUUUCAUAUGCCGCCGACAACGCAAUUACAUGGCCGAGUUCCAGAUCGAAGUGAUCCCGAGCAAGAGCAAUUUCGACCGAUUCAACAACAACAACUUGUGCAUCCGCAGCAACAUCCGCAAUUGGUGAUAUCCCGUGCCGAUACCGGAGAUUCACAUAGCCAGGCAGCACAGAAUUUCUACCCACCAUUCUAUCAUGAGGCACCACCAUUGGGUCAUUCACGUCCCUAUUUACCCGGACCAGAGAAUUCACCAUUGUCGUUGGCAUUGCCAUUGCCUGGCCUGUUGCCUGGUCAACAGUCACCACAGCAGCAGCAGCAUCAGCAACAGCAUCUACAUCCGCAUCAACAUCCGCAACAUCAACAGCAACGUGCCUUCGAUACAAGUAUUUUGGGUAGCGGUGAUUUUGGUGUCCUGCGCGGUGGCACUUUCUAUCCCGAAGAGGAAAUGCCUUACCAUCCAGAGGAUAACAGCGAUUACAUAUACGGGGAUGCGGCAAAUAAUGGUCAUGGUCGUCCAACCGAGGGAUUCAUACAGAAAUAUACAUAUCCGGAGGAGCAAUUUGCCAAUUUCCGUGAUUUUGCUGAUAUUAAUACGCCAGCCGAUUCGGCUUUCUCGCAAUUCGUUGUUGUUUAUGCACCCAAAAAUGCCACCAAGCCACCAUCGAUAAAUGAUCAACGCAGUCAUCCGCAUCCAAAGAAUAUAUUCGAACAGCUGGAACUGUUGGAUCGCGAGAAGGCAUUGGAAGAGGCGGCCAUGAAGAAGCAACCGCAGCAGCCUAGUAAGAUCAAAACGAAAUUGAAUCGCACAAAGCUGCAUAAGAACUAUAAGAAGAAAGUAAAUCCAAAGGAUUCACGAGGAGACACGGAUUUGGAAAUGGAACAGGAACCGUUGUUAGCCCUCAGCUAAGCUAAGCAAAUUCGCAACAACAACAAAAAAUACAAAAAUACAAAAUACUUCAUCUUUAUUCAACAUCUUGCCCUCAUCCCCCUCUUCCAAAAGAGAAAAACAGCAUUUCCCUACCUCCCUCCCCACUCUGCUGAUUUAGUUUUAUUUAUUUUAU